GCUUUGUUCCGCAGACUCUGCUUGACAUCGACCUUCGAGUCCGGCGACGAGCGCUACUAGACCUGCCAGUUCGCCACUAUACUGAGAACGUGCAAGUACCUGCAUGCGUCUGAUGGCAGCUUGGGAGAUCUACUAAAAAGCAACAAUUGUACAUGCCUCAAAGUGUCCGUAGAGUACUUGCCUGACGUUAGGCCUAGCGAAGAAACAAUGCAACAUCAAGAGGAAGCAAAAAAAGAAGAGGAGGGAGGGGGCGACGGAGAAGAUGAAACAAUGCAACAUCAAGAGGAAGCGGAAAAAAAAGAGGAGGGAGGGGGCGACGGGGAAGAUGAAACAAUGCAACAUCAAGAGGAAGCGGAAAAAGAAGAGGAGGGAGGGGGCGACGGAGAAGAUAUAGCACCGCCCGGCCUUCCCGAGUUUUUGCGUCGUUACGUGGAGAUUGGCAAGUUCGUGCCCUUGCCAUUGAGUGACGACGUUCGCCUAGGAGAAUCGGAAACAUUACUCGUUCGCUUAGGAGAAUCGAAAACAUUACUCGUUCGCUUAGGAGAAUCGGAAACAUUACUCGAAGCGCCAUCAAGGGUGACGCCUUUGCUCAUAAAAAAACGGGACCAGUUCUUCGACGAAGUUGGUGGGGCUGCACGUGAGCCAAAACCAGAAAAGACUCUUUUGGGGAAUGAGGGCGAAUCUGUGCGCGAAUUUUUUCGGAGCACAGCGGGUGAGUUCCUAAUUGGUAUUGGUUUAAGCCGGGCUCACGAACAAGUCAACCGGGAUUUAUUACGAGCCAAGGAACAUGAGAUGAAAAAAACAAGUAUCCAAACGGUGGAGCUUAUGCAAGAACAGCAUAAGCUUACUAAAGCUCUCCAGCAGGCAAAGAUGGCUAAUAAACCAUUCAAGUUCAAGAUGAGAUCUUGCAGACAGUGCGACUUUAAAACUGAAUCGAUUCUUGUCCUGGAAGGCCACCUGCUGAAGCCACACAUUACAUCACGGCGUGAAAUUCAGUGCUGUUUCUGCAAGUACACAACACGCGAUGCCAAGGCCAUAGUAUUCCACAUGGAAACUGUCCACAAGAAACUGCCAACCAUGGAGUGCCCACCUCAGUUCUACGAGUGCCCCUUUUGUUCUUUUGAGACUAAUGUGAAAGCUAAAGCAAAUUCUCACAUCAACCGUUGCCAGAAAGACUUCAACAACAACACAAAUCAGGUACCAUCAUGUGACUUUCAGCUUCCAGGAGUGACAGCCAAGCCAAUUACUAUAGAAGACAUGAAAACAUACAAAAAGAAAACGGCAUCACACACUGGUGCUGCGACUAAAGGCAACCCAAACCGCGCUCACAUUUCACUGCUGCAAAAAGGAGCACCUGCAGCCCUUAGUGGAGCAGUCGCAUCACUCCACCACCAAAAGUUUCUUUUUUCUGCAUCACAGAAUCUGAACCACGGACGCGGACGUCCCAAGUUUCAGCAAACUCCUGCAUCGAACAGAAUUCACCAAGUUGUUGGUAGCAGUACAGAAGUGACUUCACUGCUGAACGGAAGCCCACAGUCAAAUCUGGCCCUUGCUCGCCCAGUAAAGCCUGCCAGCGACAGUGGUGGAAAACGGAGUGUCCAUGCUGUAGCUCCAAAGCGACCCUCGCCGGGCCAACGACCGCAAAUGUCUGGAAUCAUGGAGUCCAGCAAAUCGGUUGCCGGAGCCUUCGUCGUCUGCGAGCUCUGUGACGGGUACAUGAAAGACUUGGAGAGUCUGGGUGCGCACAUGAAUCGGGUUCACAGGGUCAAGAUCCACGCCAAGCUGCUCACCUCCCGGCCACCGCUCAACUGUCAGAAGUGCCAGUGGCGCUUUUUCACAGACCAAGGGCUGGAGCGCCACCUGCUUGGUGCUCAUGGUCUUGUCACGUCCAACAUGCAGGAACUGACCAACUCUAAUGAAGACGGCGGUCGGUGCACUGUGUGUGGCCGUUUCUUUGCUGCCAAGCUAGUCGCCCACAUGAGUCAGGUACACCGUGUGGUAUUGAAACCAGCUCAUCUGAGCUACAAGUGUACAGUGUGCACGGAGACGUUCAACCUUUACCGCCUCUUCGAACGUCACGUAUACACAGUGCACGGGGUAGGGUUGAAGCGUCCUGCUUCUGGCUCGUUGGACGACAAACCCGCAAAGCAGCCUGUUACUGCCAAGCGUGUGUCUGACCAUACAACUACCAAAACGAAGCAAGAGUCCGAGGGAAGCAACGACAUUCCAUCAAAACCUGCACCCGAGUCCCCCACUUCAGGGAGUAGCGACACAGAGGAGGAAUACUCUGAGAAGGUGGCCGUUGCUCCCGCGGAGCCGCCCGAUUCUCAAAUGGGUGCCCGAUGUACGACUUGUGAGGAGAAUGUGGAAGAUCUGAGGGAACACGUAGAAGAAAAGCCCAUGCGAGGCUGCAAAAUUCGCUUGUGUCACAUUGAAAAGUGUGACCACUGCCUGCGUUCCUUCAAUGGCAUGAUCGUGAUGAACACAUUGGACUCUGGUGAUGAGGACAGCUCGGAGGAAGAGGAGGAUAAUACUGGCCCCGCAGAUGCAGAUGGGCCUCCCGGUGCAAAGGAUGCCGAUUUCCUCGAAGCGAAAAACCCGGAAGUGGAUGACCAGCAGGGUGAGGCUAAGUGACGUAGCCCACAGUUAUUACAAGGGAAGUGCAACAAUAUCUGGGGAACAGUUUGGUCUAUCACUUUUGAGCUCUGUACCUUCUGGUGCAGCUGUAGAGCUUGCCAUGGUGAACUGCUACUCAAAAGUUUUGCGAUAAUGUUCCCUUGGGUUGUUGUCAACUAUUUCAAGUUGGCAAUACAUGGAAUUUUUUGCACGUUUGGUCUUUGUUCAGUUUCGAUACUGGUUGUAGGCCAGCGAUUGUGCCCUUUUUCAUAUUAGCAAAACAUUUUACCCAGCUAUAGAUGGCGUGGUCAUUUCUGCAAACUGCAUACUCCGAGUAGUUCACUUGUGCUUUUGUGUUGUAAAUGUGGACUUACUCUAUCAAAAUGAAAAUUCCAGAAGAUCUCACUCAUUGUGUGAAUUGUACAAAGCCGGUCAAGCUGCAUUUUCUGGCUUUGAGCCUAGUCUUAAGAGAUAGAUUGACAUCUGCUUAAUUCGAGUAGUGUGCACAGUGUAGAACUAGCAAGCACAUCUGCACUGGUGCAUAAAGGGUCCAAUGUAACACCAAGCUCACAUUACAUGACAGGCAUCAUUCUCAUCAAAACAAAGUGCCUGUUAGGAGGGAUUGUUGGAGUGUCUAUGCAAGGAUGAACAUUGCUAGACUAGAUCUCGCUGUGCAGUAGGAGUAUAUAUGUGAGGUUUAUUACAUUGUGGUAAGAGGGCUAGGCAAUACCAAAACCACUCUUCUCAUAGGACAUUGCCACAAUUGAUAGGCAGUCAUUAAUCAAUACAUUUGUUCAUGAUAUGUGCCAUGUGAUUGUUAUCUAGGGUCAUUUCAACUAGAUUUUCACUGCUUGUUAUGGUUGUAGUUAUUAUUGUAGCACAAGGUCUUUGUCUUUUUUUUUAUUUAUCUCACAAAAAUUGUGGCAUUUCCAUUAUGUAUUCUUACAGUACCUGGGUUGGUAUAGACUGUAAGCCACCUGUGGUUCAUAUGAUAGACAUGCCUACGUACUACAUGGUCAUGUGUCACAUGUGACUAGGAGAAAGUUUCAUGAUACGUACAGUGGUGCUCGGUGCAAGUUGCAACAUGGUGGCCAUGCUUGAAGGAACUUCUUGCCUACACUGACACGAGCUAAUAUAAGAUAGGUUUUGCACAUGCUGCAGUCAAAAUGGUGCUUAUGUCACCAAUCGUUUAGUAUGGAGGCACCAUUGUGCAGUGUUAGCUCUGCUUUCAGCGUUGAAACUCGUAUGGAGCGCAACUUUACAUGGCAGGCAUGUCACAUUCAUGUUGCGACCUGUGAAUCAUGUUCAUUGUACAUGCAUACUCGUAUGCCAAUUUUGAUGCAUACCUAAUUAACGAGACUGCCUCCAAAGUGCCCAGACGCAGGUGAAAAAAAAAUAAAUGAAAGCAUUCAACGUGACUCAUGUUUCUGAAGAAACGCCUUGCAUUUAAAAACAAGCCCCAGUAUUUGCAAAUACAACUUCGUAAUAUGCUAGCUACCAUUAUUAGAGUAAGCAUGCUUAAAUUAUGAAAAGGGCCUAAUUGCACUGGAAGAAACUGAACGAAGAUCAAAUACGUGCAACCUCAAAUGUGCUCAAUUUCAUCACACCAGAACGAAGUUGUAAUCAUACAGAACAGGAGCCCAUGAUGAGAGAGUGGCCUUCCCAUCUUGCUACUUGAUGCGUAAAGUGUAAUUCUGCUACACAUUGUGAAAUACUUGAGGCUUCAGUGCUGCAAAAAAGUGGACAUCACAACCGUGCAUGUCUUCUUUAACCUCCUCUUCUAUCUCCAUUCUUGAUCUUCUCCUUCUCUGAUGGCUCAUACCCAAUGCAAGGGAUUGGCCGAGUAGCAGCCGAAUUUGUGCACUUUCUUCUGUAUACUGCUAAUUUAAGCUAGAAUUAACUAAUACAUCAAAUUUAAAUAGAAAUUGUUAUUGAUGAUAUAUUUGAAGGAUGAAUUCUUGUGAUAGCUGUCUAAUGAUUCUUUUUCUUUUGUGCACUAUAUGCAUGCGUACGCUUGUGAAUGUGAAAAUCAUGAAGUUAUCCAGAGUGCAGCACACUAGGAUUAUUGGCACGUGUUCGUAAUGUUGAGAAACUCUCUUGUUUGUUUUUUGUUUGUAAAAAGACACUUUACCAAUGUAAACAUUGGGAAUACACAUUUUGUAAUGUUUUCUCGCAAUGCUACACCCAGAGUCGCUGACUUACUGUGACGUCGUGACACGGAAUCUACCAAUGUCUUGUAGCAAGUUUUGAGUAUGGCAGCGCCGUGCAAAACGUAGGGCAUUAUGCUUGUGUUGACAGCACAGGCAGCAAUCUUAAUGAUCUGAGCAGACCAGUGUUAACAAAGUCUCUUGAUCCUGCUCUCUUCCUAUCUCGCACGACAGACUAUCAUCUAGACUUUAGCAACUAACUAUCGCUACAUUAUUUAUCAAGCUCCGAUUUGCUCUUGGCAUGUUCCCUUGGGUUCACAGGGUUCAAAGCUUGAGCUCAUACAAAAAUAAAGUCCACACCUUCAAGCAUGUGCUACAUCCUGGCUAACAGGACGACAAACCAGCUUCCCAUUUCUUGCAGUAAACUAUCGCUACAUUAUUUAUGGAGUUCUGACUUGCUCUUAAUUCCCUUGGGCAUAUGGGGUUCACAUAUUCAGUCAAUGCAAAAAAAGUAAAUUACUCUUUUAACCAUAUGCUGCAUCCUCGCUGUGAGAUUUCAUCGUAUACGCUUUAAGAUUAGUCGUGAACUUGUACGGUUGUGUAGUAUAUGCAACUACCUAAGCCUCGCGUGCAGCUGUGGCAAUGCUGAUGCAUUUAACUCUUAGAAACUUCAGUGAGCAAUGUGAUACAGAGUAGCCUUCCAUAAAGUACGGUUGUAUAAACUAGUCUCCACAACUUCUAUAUCAGUUGAACUAUGCUACAACACAUUUCAUUUUUUUUCCCUUUGUGGUGAGCACUGCCUUGCAGUAUUUCUCCUAGCUCAUUGUUUGUUCCCUAGCUCAUUUUGCAUCAUGAACCUUGUCCUUUUGCUUGCAUUGUAAAAGCAGUUGGCGUGCAAGCAUGGACACGAGAGAAUAGAACAAUACUAAAGUGUUAUCCCGACCUCUUUUGUGUCUUGCAUGCCAACUACUUUCAUGAAUCUGUACCAACUAGUUCAACUGUCAUUCUCUAGGUUCUCGCAUCUCGUAGUUAAUGCGCAUAUGGUGUUCAUGUUAUUUCAUUCAUGUGUGACUUGUUUGCUUUGUUUCAGUUUAAACUUAUAUAUGUGUCAUUGUAUCUCAUCUAGUCUUUUUACUUGGUUGACUGAGUAACUUGGUACUCUAAUAAAUCCCUAUACUUCUUACACCACACA